UUUCGUGUGAGUGCCCGUCCUCCUCCGGAUCGGCUAGAGGGGCUCGGCAGGAGCAGAGAGAGGUUGGUGUUGUCACAGGGUAGACGUCAGCUGUCCAGUAUGUGGUCGGUGGGGCUUAAACACGGACGAGUGCGCGGUUUGCGGUGAUUCCUGAACGUCUGGCUCUCAGACAGAGGCUUGUUGUCGGGUCGGUAAAACAGGGAGAUGUGGAGUCUGCUGCUGCUGCUGCUGCUGCUCUGGUCCGGGUUUGAAGGACAAGCUCAAGUGGAAAACCAUGUGACCUUCCUGCCGGGGACGUUCCAGAAUGUGAACAUCUCGCAGAACGAGACUGUGCAGGCCGUGGUGAGCAGGAUCCCUCCGGAGGUGGCCUUCAUCACGCUGCAGUACCACACGCUGUACCACAACGCCACGCUCUCAUACACCAGGGUUCCGGUCCAGGGUCUGUCUCUGACAGCGGCGGACUCUGGGCUCCUCUCGGCUCUACAGCCGGGCCAAACGCUGGUCUCCUUGUUCCUGUCUUCUCCUGAUGAAGAAACGGUUGCCGGGACCGGAGUCAUCCUCUCUUACUCAAACACGGAACCACUCCCUGGAGCCUGUAACAUGGAGUUCAGCCUGGAUGUGGAUCCCAACAUCUACGUCCGCUACAAUCUGUACGAGACCAGCGUCCGUUUUGCGCCGGCUAAUUUAGGAUAUGAAAGAGGCCAAACUCCUCCAGCCUGCGACAUGUCGACAGGAACCGGCACGCGCUGGCGGCUGGAGUACGACGUCUACCGCUACUUCCUGCCCGAGAACGACCUAUCAGAGAGCAGCUUGUUCAGCGGGUUCCAGGCUGUGGGCGACACCCGAGGCAUGGCGGCGAGCGGUAGACGGGUCACCACUCUGAAGUCAACGGAUAAGACCACCAUGGUGUUCAGCUCCAUCCCCGGUCAGGGUGUCAUCUACUCGGUCAUCGUCAGAGACCCCGUGCUGAACACCUCCGCCUCCUACGUUCCCGCCCACACCUACGCCUGCAGCUUCGCCUCCACGCUGGACGGCUGCCAGACUCUGGGAAAAAUAUCUACAAAGGUGUUCUUCACCAUGGCCGGCUUGGCUGGGUUGUUUGUCUGCUUCUUCGGCCAUCGCUUCUUCAAAUGUGAGAUGUUCUGCAUGGGAUUCAGCUUUGCAGCGUUUUUCUUCUUCGUCCUCAUCACAAGGACCACCCAGCUGGAUUAUGACCUGCGCCUGGCGGUGUCCGCCGUGGUGGGCGUGGUGGGCGGAGUGGUCCUGGUGAUGAGCUGGUGGCGCUUCGGCUCAGUCAUGGCCUGCGUGGUCGUGGUGGGCCUGAUGCUGGGCUUCCUCGUGGCGUCCGUUGUCCUUUUCACCCCUCUGGGAGACCUGGAUGUGUUCAGGAACUCGGAUGUGGUUUUCUGGGUGACGUUCUGCUGCAUCAUGCUCAUGUUUCCGCUGUUCUUCAUGCGGUGGCCCAGAGAGGGAAACAUCACCACGUGCGGCGUGGUCGGGGCUUACGCCGUCGUCCUGGCCGCCAACGCCUACGUCUACACCAGCCUGUCCUACAUCACGCUGAACGUCCUGAAGCGUUUCCUCAACAACAACUUCAGCGCCGCCUUCACCGACGCGCCGUUCCAAGCCGUCGACUACGCCAUGAUGACGGUGUGGGCGGGGCUGGGCGUGGCCGGCGUGGUGCUGCAGCUGUACCGCGAGCGCUCCCGCCCCUUCUUCCCGCCCAGCCCGUACCUCAUGUGGCUGCAGGAGCGCGAGCGCCGCAAAACCAACGUGCUGGACCCGAGCCACCACGUCCCCUCGCUGCCCGGGCGCCUCAUGGAGCAGGCGCGGCAGCUCGUCAGGCGGAGGGAACCGGCGGGAGAGCACACGCCUCUGCUGCUGUGAAAGUGCCACAGAGCAGGUGACGGUGGUGAACGUCCUCAGAUCAUCACGCUGCCGUCACUUUGCUUAACUCUGACAACACCACGGUCUGCAGAAAGAGGCCCUGACAUCCUCCACCACUACCUUUUUACUUCUGCUUUUAAAGCAAUACAGCCUUUUAUACCUUCAGAGUAAAACGGGGGAGGCAGCAACUUUCCUGACACUUGUUUUAGAUGAAGUAGUUCCUCAGAUCCAGAUGAAAGCUGAUGGAUCUGUUCUGCAGACAUUUGAACUUCCUCCUGUUGGCCACACUGGCUGCUCUUCUCUAGCGCUGUGAUGUGCUACCCUAACAGAUUCUCUCUAGUUUUGUUUUUGUUGGCAAAAUGUUUCCGAUCAUCGAACCAAUUUUAAUAUCAGACGAGGACCACCAGAGUAAAUGCAAGAAGCUGCCAUCAGCUUCAUUUAGUGGAGGAAGGAAGCUGGCCUCAUGGGGAGCAGUAAACGGCUCCUACAGGGAAGGCUUGACUUGGCCACUCCAGAACCUUCAUGUAGAUUGUUUGUUCUUGCUGGUGUAAUGUUGAUGAUCCUCCUCCUGUAUAACGCAUAAUGGCUCAUUUCUGGUAGGUUGGCCACUCAUGGGAAGGUUCACUGCUGCCUCUGGAGCUCUUCCCAGACUCAUUAACAGUUCAUCAGGUUGGUUAGAUCAGGCCUUUUUGAGCCUACUUCAUGUUGUCAUUCCUCCAUUCUACAGGUCUGGCAGUAAUUGGGUCUGCCUCGGUUUUCCAGGAAAAUGUGCUCAUUCCGCUAGCUUUACUCAGCUUAUCUUUGGCUGAGAAUAAAUCAGUUUGAGAUCGGAGACAGGUGAAUGUGACAAAAAGCAAAAUAACCAAAGAAAUCCGUGAGAGGAAAAAAACGCAUUAUAGCAGCACCUUGUUGCCAUGACGAUUCUCAGGGUUGUGCCAUGCAGCUUUUAAACUACUGAUGAGGUCUGACAAUGGAUGGAAAAUUGUAUUUCUGAAGCAGUUGAAUAUGUUUUUUUUUUUGUUUUGUUUUGUUUUUUAUCCAGACAAGCCAUCACCAAGUUUGUAAGAUUAGCACAUUUGUAUUUUAAUGUAUUGAUAUUUAAUAAAAUGCCUUCAGUUCUUUGGACUA